AUGCUGUCGCCGUCGUUCUUGGAGCACGCAGUUCUGGGCUUUGCGUUCGCUGUACUUUCGCUUAUUGUCUUAGCUUUUGCUAUUGUCGCUAUCGUUUUCGUCACCGUCACUAAUAAUUGUUGGUGGAAUUGUGAUGACGAAGGCGAUCCACUGAUGGAGGACUGCAACUCAUUCUAUUCGCAUUAUGCCGAGGACUGUGAAGAUGGUGGUAUGGAGCCCGUCGACACGGUGAUCGGCUGCACUCCGACCAACGCGGCGAUCGUUUGA